AUCACAACUUCCUUGUUAUCUCCGCUGACUCUGCGUGGUGUUCUCACCUAAAUUCCCAAUUCUCUCUGGGUUUGCUAUCUUUCCGUCCCGCUAAGCAUUUGUGAUCUGCAUGAUCUUUCUUUGCGUCCAAGCAUGAUACCUGAGUUUGUCACCAGCUUCAUCCUCGCUCCUAUUAUAGAGGAGUUGAUUUCCAAAUUGGUUUCACGUGCUUAUGGAUGGUGGAGAGGUUCCGGUUCAAGUUCGCGUUUUUAUCCCGUAACGGAGCUGGCGAAACUUGAAGAUUCACUCAAGAUGAUCCAGUCUGUACUUAAAGAUGCAGAGGGAAAACAGGGAAGAGAAAGUGAUGACCCUGUGAGGCUUUGGCUACAAGAUCUCCAAAAGGUAGCUUAUGAUGCUGAGGAUGUACUUGAUGAGUGUGAUUAUGAGCAUCUUCAGUACCAACUUAAGCCUCAAAGCGGGAAAAAGAAAUGGGAGAAGAAAAAGAAAAGCAGUACCCCCAAUUUCACCCUUGGUUCUGAUAUAGGUGACAGAAUAAAGAAUAUCAAUGCGCGCUUUGAUAGACUAAAAGAGCGCGUUUCUCUGCUAAAUCUGAAGGCAUGCCAACAAUGUCAUUCAACUGCUAACCAAUCUACACCGACAGACUCCCUCCUUGAUUGUUCAGAAGUUUUUGGAAGGGGAGAUGGUAUUGAGAAAAUUCUUGAGAUGCUGGACGACUUGAGGGAGAAACAGUAUCUAGUCUCUGGCGUUUCAAUAGUUGGCAUGGGGGGCCUUGGAAAGACAACAGUAGCAAGAUCAAUAUACGAAAUGGCCAAGGAACGCUAUGAUCUAGUAGUCUGGGUGUGUGUCUCUGAAGACUUCAAUGAGCAAACAAUUGUGAGAGAGAUGUAUGAACAUUUAAAGGUUGGUGUAGUCCCAAGCAGCAUCAAUGUACUUGUUGAAGAUCUUGCAAAAAAAUUAGAGAAGAAAACUUUUCUUCUCAUUCUUGAUGACGUGUGGAACAAAGAUAAAUCCAAGUGGGUUGCUUUCAACAGUCGUCUCUCAGGAAUUUUGAGGACAAUGAGGAAUUCCAUUAUGGUGACAACUCGUGAUGAAGAGGUAGCACUUGGGAUGAGGAAAAUGAAUCUUGUGCGAAAUUCUAUGCAAAUUUAUAAAUUGCAGAAGUUAUCAGAUGAUGAGUGCUGGUCAAUAAUUGAAAAGAGGGUUCUCGAACUAUCGGGACUUCAAUCAAUUUCUCCUAAUUUGAAAGACAUUGGGUUGGAUAUUGCCAAAAAGUGUGGGGGCUUGCCAUUGAUAGCAGCCGUCAUCGGAGGAACAUUGAGCUCUGAAAUUCAAAAAAGUGCGUGGGAGGUUAUCAGAGAUAAUGAUGCAUGGAAUUUGGAUUCAGAAGAUGGAAAAUGGAUUUUAUCCAUACUGAAAAUUAGUUUUGAUCAUUUGCUUCCACCUUUGAAAAAAUGCUUUUCUUAUUGUUCAAUAUUUCCAAAGGAUUUCCACAUUGAAAAGGAUGAUUUAGUUCAACUCUCGAUGGCUCAGGGAUUUCUUCACCAACCUAAUGAAAGCUCCAGGACAAUGGAAGAAAUUGGUGAUGCUUACUUUAACUAUUUGUUAUCUAAUUCCUUAUUUCAAGAUGUGGAAAGGAAUGGAUAUGGAGAUAUCAUAUUUUGCAAGAUGCACGACGUGGUGCAUGAUCUGGCAUUGGCUGUUUCCAAAGAUGAAACUUUAAUCUUGAAGUCUAGUUGCAAGAUUGACAAAAAUGCUACUAUUCUACAUUUGAGAGUCAAGCACGAUGGGAGUGGACUUCCAUACAUUCCAACUGAUCUUUGUCAAAGGCUGCGUUCUUUGUUCAUAGAAGAGGAGGCUGGUGUUUUCAAUAAUGUGGCAUCUGAUCUCAAAAGUUUGCGAUCUUUAAAAUUAAUGCAAGCUAAGACGGAAGAGUUGUGUCCUGCUCUUGGUGAACUAAAGCAUUUGAGAUACCUUGACAUCUCGAAUGGCAAAAUUAAAGCACUACCAGGUUCUCUUUCCAAGCUCUACCAUUUGCAAACUCUUAGACUAAGAUGGUGCUUUUCUAUUCUACAGAUGUCUGAUAAUAUGAGUAAUCUAGUGAGCUUGAGGCACAUUUAUUUUUCUAUUGGAAAGCAUGUGCCAAGGGGUGUUGGGCACCUAACUUCCCUUCAAACAUUACCUAUAUUUUUUGUAGACAAAGAAAAGGGGAAUGGCAUUGAAGAAUUGGGAGGCUUAACACAACUCAGAGGAGAAUUGAAUAUUCAGAACCUUGAACAAGUUGGAUCGAAAUCAGAAGCCACUAAAGCAAACCUAGAGGAAAAGACAAGAUUGCACUGUUUGAAACUACAAUGGAAUGAAUUGGAAGGAAACUACAGCAACCAUAAGGAGGUUCCAAAAGGUUUUCAGCCUCACUCAAACUUGAAAAGUUUAUCCAUUAAUUAUUACAUGGGGAAGAGCUUUCCGCCAUGGAUGAUGAGUGGUGGUGCUACAUUUUUGUCCAAUAACGUGGUGGAUUUGGAAUUACAUGAUUGUCAUCAUUGUGAACACAUUCCUAGUUUGGGACUUUUGCCUUGUCUGAAGUCUCUUUAUAUUAAUAAUUUCAAAAAUGUAAAAAGAAUGGGUCAUAAGUUUGACAGUCCAGGAGGAGUAGAGUCAAUCAAACUGUUCCCAGCUUUGAGACAACUCACCUUAGGAAACAUGGCAAUCUUAGAGGAAUGGGUUGAAGUCGGUGAUGAUGAUAUUGCAGCAGGAGGCAAAGUUGAGAUUGUGUUUCCUUCCCUUGAAAGUUUGAAAAUUAAGGGCUGUCACAAGUUGAAAACUUGGUUGAUGGGUGGAUUUUCAUCUCAUCAUAAGUUGUCUUCCUUGGAGAUCCGCUACUGUGUCAAUUUGAUGGCUAUCCCGAAUUUGGAUGAGCUCUCAUCUCUUAAAACUUUAGAGAUUUACAAAUCAUCUUCUCUUACAAGUUUAGUGCUAUCGUCUUGUGGUGCAUUAAAAUGUUUGCCAAGUGAGCUAGGCUCCUGUAUUUCUCUUCAGUAUUUGUGCAUUUCAAACUGCAUUACGAUAAGGAGUAUUCCAGAGGACUGCCUCUUCAACCUCACUAGCUUGAAGGAGUUAGCGAUGGGUCCUUUCUACAAUGAAUUGGAGGAAUUCCCAGGACUCAGUUACAUUCAUCAGUUGAGCUCCUCCCUUGAAGAUUUAUCAUUAAUAGGAUGGGAUAAACUAAAGUCUUUGCCAUAUCAACUUCAAGACCUCACUAUUCUGAGAAAAUUGACUCUUAAAGAAUUCAACGGAGUGGAAGCUUUUCCAGAAGGGUUGGGAAACCUCACUUCCCUUGAGACAUUGUAUCUUUCAGGAUUCAACGGAGUGGAAGCUUUUCCAGAGGGAUUGGGAAACCUCACUUCUCUUCAACGACUUCACAUUUUUGAAUGUAGAAAUCUAAAGCAUCUGUUUCCACUCCAAGCACUGAAAUCCCUUUCUGAGUUAGAGAUGGGUCCUUUCAGCUCAGAGUUGGAGGAGUUCCCAGGACUCGACUGCAUCCAUUACCUUCAUGCUUCCUUGAAAUAUUUAAGAUUAGAAGGAUGGGAAAAAGUAAAGUUUUUGCCAGAUCAACUUUAGCAUCUCACUGCCCUCAAGUUACUGACUCUAAAAGAAUUCAACGGAGUGGAAGUUUUACCAAAUUGGUUAGGAAACCUCUCUUCUCUUCGAAAGCUAGGGAUUAGAAGUUGUCGUAAUCUGAUGAGUAUGCCUCCUAUUGAAGCCAUGCAACGCCUCUCCGAUUUACAAUUUCUUUUUAUAAAUGAAUGUCCCAAAUUAAAGGAAAGAUGGACCAGAGAUAGAGGAGCCGAAUGGUCUAAGAUUUCUCACAUUCACUGAAUCAUAAUAAAUGGGGAAUUGGGACCAGCACGAGGUUUGGAAGAGUAGGUUGAGCAAUUGAAGACAUCAACAAGCCUUCUCCAAAUAAUCAUCUAAUGGAUGUUCUCUGGAAAGCUUUCUCAUAUAAAGACGCAAUGAGGAGAAAAAAUAGGGGAUUGCACA